AUGGCUGAACUAGAAGAAAACUCGACUUACGCUAAUAUCACCGACAAGGUGAUUAGCCAAAGUGCUUGGACGGAUGACUUAUUUUUGGUUUUAAAAGCUACAAUCAUGGGCUCAAUCAUAAUAGCUUCCAUUUUCGGAAAUCUUUUAGUUAUAGUCUCGGUCAUGAGGCAUAGAAAAUUAAGAAUCAUUACUAAUUACUAUGUAAUCUCGUUAGCUUUAGCGGAUAUGUUGGUAGCUAUGUUCGCGAUGACUUUUAACGCUAGUGUGCAAAUAUACGAGGAGUGGAAAUUUGGAUAUUUUAUGUGUGAUGUUUGGAACUCUUUGGAUGUGUAUUUCUCUACGUCGUCUAUUUUACAUCUGUGUUGUAUCAGUGUUGAUCGGUAUUACGCUAUAGUGAAACCCCUUAAGUAUCCGCUUACAAUGACUAAAAAUGUUGUAGCUUUUAUGAUAUUAAAUACGUGGAUAAGUCCAGCUAUAAUUAGCUUUUUACCAAUAUUUAAAGGCUGGUACACUACCCCAGAAAACCAAAUAUUUAGAAAUAAGCAUCCUGAUAUAUGUGAAUUUGUCGUCAAUAAACCUUACGCCGUAAUCAGUAGCAGUAUAUCUUUCUGGAUACCGUGCACAAUCAUGAUCUUCAUGUACCUGGCUAUCUUUAGGGAAGCAAAUAGACAAGAACGGGAAAUGUACAAUAGACAUGGUGCUGCCUUGCUCUUGCAUCAAAAUAAUACCAAUGGUGAUAUGCUGUCCAACUCUGGAGGGUCUUCAAAAACUUUAACGCACCAUGACAUUAACCAAGACCUCCAUCACACGCCUACAAAAGAAAGAAACCUUUCUAAAAUGAAGCGAGAGCACAAGGCUGCUAGGACUUUGGGUAUCAUAAUGGGAACCUUUAUUCUGUGCUGGCUACCAUUUUUUCUUUGGUAUGACACAGUGUAUCUCUGUGAUUCCUGCCGCGAGCACUGUCCACAAGAGGUAGUUUCUACAGUAUUCUGGAUAGGAUAUUUUAAUUCAACCUUAAACCCCAUUAUAUACGCUUACUUUAACCGAGACUUUCGAGAGGCAUUCAAAAACACACUUCAAUGCGCCUUUUGCAGUCUCUGCAAAAGACCGCCUUCCGAACUGGAUUACAUAGAUCAUAGAAGACCUUCCAUGAGGUACGAGGAUAGAACAAGAAGUGUUUACUCUGAAACUUAUCUCAAACACGUGGACAGACGAUGUUCCGAGUUUGGGUCAAGUCUCUGA